AUGCCCUCCUCCUCCGCCGCCGCCAUGGCCAGGCCAUCAUCCCGUCCAUCCUCCUCCUGCUCCGCCUCCAAGCCCCGGAAGCCCUCCCCGUCCCCUUCCCCAUCCCCGGCGACUGCGCCCAAGCACAAGACCGUUGGUUCGAGCCGCCGCCGCAGCCCGCUAUCCGAUCUCAACUCCAGGGACGCCUCCGCCGCGCGCGAGCGCCCCGGGUGCUUCGGCUUCCUCCUCCCCUCCGCCGCCGCCUCCUCCGGGUCCAGGUCCAGGGCCAGGUCCGCGUCCACCCCGCGGACCCCUAAGCGCCCCGACUCCAAGCCCAGGGGGCCGGACCAGCUCCCGGAUAAGGAAUCGAGGACCAGGGCGCAGAGAUGCGCCGGGCAAGAGCCGAGGAUGGGGGGCAGGAGCCGAUCGGCCUUGACGCCGGAGAAGAAAGCGGAUUCCGAGGCCACGCUGUCUACCGGCGCGACGCCGCCGGUCCACGCGUCGAUCUCGCCCGAGGUGGCCGCGGCGUGCGGGUCCGCGACGCCCGCGUGCUUCGCGGCGGGCCACCACGUCGUCCCCGGCGUCGGGGACCGUCGCAAAUGCCGGCCGCGGGGCAUCCUGGCGAUCGCGGGGGAGGGAUUGACCAGCCAGGACCUCGACGAGGAGCCGUCCCGCGCGUCCAUCCACUGGCUGUCCUCGCCGUCGGGGGCGGAGGCCUGGACGUCCUCGACGAAAUGCGGCAACGAGGAGGCGUCUGUGAACUGGUUGGCGUCCCCGCACGACGAAGGCGGGGUGGACUUGCUCGAAGACGAGAUCUUCGUGCCCAGAUGCUCCUUGGAGGACGCGUUCUGGCGGUUCUCCCCGGACUGCACGGGGCUGUUGGGCUCACCGCUGCUCAGCGGUCUGCUGGACUUCGGCACUCCAGCGUCAGAAAUGUCCGGGGUGACUUCGUCGUCAGGGUUUCUCUCCCUGCAAAAGACACCAAGCAGUGGCGAUAGCAUUAGUCCCUUCUCGCUUAUUGUCAAGAGGGCAUCGCAGUCCUCUUCCAGAUUUCGGACUUUGUGUGCCCAGCAGGGACUGGGCAACAGCUACCGGUAUGAUUCGGCGGCGGAUCCGACACCAAUUUCUGGUGAGUCAUGGCGUGAAAGUGUCGGCAAUGGCACACGGUCAGGGUUGACAAGGACAGGCAGUCGUCCCCUGAAGAUGAUGGAUCCAGUGCUGGAAUGUCUUGAAAUGAUGAGUUUGUCCCCAAGGCCUGGGGACGAUGACUAUGGUGGAAAUGGCACACCGCCUGCACCAUUGCCUGAGCUUAGCUUCCAGUUUGCAGGAGCUCCGACGCCUCUGGAAUCCAUAGACUUGACCACUUUUAAAAGGUCUCCUCGUGACAUAGAAUUGAAGGCAGAGACAAGUUUCCAAAAAUCGGUCAUGGCAGACACUCGGAUCUCUUGGCGAGAGGGGCUUGUCAGCAGAAUGUUUGAUAUUGGUGAUUUGGAUUGCUGCAAAUGGCUAUCUGAUGAUGAAGAUUCACCAGUGCUUUCGUUCACUGAAGAGGCUUUGGCAGAUGGUACCAAUUCUCAGCCAGGUAAUUGUUGCCUGCAUGAGAGUGGCGACCAACAGGAAGCAUGUGGCUUUGGCUCUGUUGAGUUCAGUUGUAUUGGUGAUGAACUGAACAAUAAUAGCAUCAAGACAUCUCCAAAUCAUGUUUCAGUUGCAGAGUCCAUGAAUGCAGAAGGAUUCGAGCUUGUCACAUCGGAUGACUCUGAUUGGACUCUCUUCUACAAGAAUUACUUGUUUGAAUCAUGA